AUGAGAAUUUGCUGAGUCGAUAUCGUGCCUCAAAAUAGUUUAGUUAAAUUAUUCGUUCCUGCGGCGUUUUAAGGUCCUAUUUUUGUGCCCUAGAUUUACUCUACAGUUUUAGUAAUGAUGCCUUUCAACGGAAACGAUUUACCACGAGAGGAAUUAUUAGAAAUGAUUCGAGAAAAGGAUAAGUUGGACCGAAAAAUCAAUGAUCUAGGCAAGAUUCUUGAAGCGAAUAAGAUUGGUAUGAAGGAACCUUUGGUGGACAAUGAGGGCUACCCGCGUAACGAUAUUGAUGUGGCAGCAGUUCGUCAUGCAAGACGCGAUAUAAUUUGUUUGCAAAACGAAAGAAGUGCAUUAUACGAACAAAUCCACACGGCAUUAGGGGCAUUUCACAAACAGCAGAAGGAAAAAACAGUGCAAUCGCAUAACACUCCGCAGCACAACCAACAGCACCACGAGCCGAUGGAUGUAAGUGAAUCGAACUCAGCAAAAAUACGAUUGCCGUUCAUUACAGUGCAAACAGUCGUUCCUGGCCUUGGUGCUGAUCAGGCGGGUCUUAAAGCCGGCGAUCAAAUUUUGCAAAUGGGUUCCCUUUCGGCUAGCAACUUCAAAUCUAUGCAGCAAGUUAAGACUAUUCUGGACAAUUCCGCUGGGCGAACUGUGCGCCUCCUGGUACGCAAAGCUGAUUCCAACGAUGAGGCUUUCGUCAAUAUCGUACCGCCGAAGCUGGGAAUUGCAUUUCUGCCUAUCAAUAAAUAGAUGCAUUA